CUGUGAAAGUCCAGUCCAGUUGCAAAAAUGCAUUCUUGGAAUCUAUAGAACGUCAUUGAUGGAUGGGGAAUUCUCCUUUUCUUAAUUAAUCUCUCUCACUUUAGGGUUUCGUUUCAUUUCACUUCCAAGUUGCAACUCCAUCUCUGAAAACCUACUUCUUCAAGAUUCAACAAUGGCGUCCUCUUCAACAUCCAGGAAUAUGUUGUGAAAUCAAGGAAGGAGCUAACAAUUUUGGUAUGAAACCACAUGAUCUAUUCAAUGUUGGAUCUGAAAGAAAAAAGAUGGCUAUUUGUAAGGCGUACCCAAAUGGAAAUCUCUUGGGUUCAACGUCAAUUAGACCGAGGAGAUAGUACUAUGAUCUAUUCGACUCCUUCACCACCAUCUUCUUCUUCUUCGUCCUCAUCUGGAACCAAAAUUAGCCCUGCAGUUCUUUUCGUUAUAGUAAUUCUAGCUGUUCUUUUCUUCAUAGCUGGCCUUCUCCAUCUUCUCGUUAGAUUCCUCACCAAACAUCCCCCUACUUCUUCAGCGCAAUCUAGUAGUAGCAAUAGAUACCCAGAAGCUUCCACUACCGAUGCUCUUCAAAGGCAACUGCAACAGCUCUUCCAUCUUCAUGAUUCUGGUUUAGACAAGGCUUUCAUUGAUGCACUGCCUGUUUUCAUGUAUAAAGAGAUAGUGGGUGCCAAAGAGCCAUCUGAUUGUGCAGUCUGUCUAUGCGAAUUCUCUGAGAAAGAUAAGCUCAGGCUGCUUCCCACUUGCAGCCAUGCCUUCCAUAUCAAUUGUAUAGAUACUUGGCUCCUCUCAAAUUCGACUUGUCCUCUUUGUAGAGGCACACUUUUUAGCCCUGGCCGCCCCAUCGAGAACCCCGUGUUUGAUUUCGAUGAUAUGAGAGAAGAGGACGGGUAUCAUCAUCCUUCUAUCAAUGGAGAAAAUGGGUUUUCUCUUAAUCAUCGUAAUAAUAAGGCUGUUGAAAUCGAAGAAACUGUUGAGGAAAAUGCCAUCUUGCCAGUUAGGCUUGGAAAAUUCAGGAAGUUGGAGGAUUCUGAUGAUGGUGGAGCAGGGGAGAGUAGCUGCAGCAGCAGCCGUUUAGAUGGAAGAAGAUGUUUUUCAAUGGGAUCGUAUCAAUAUGUAGUCAGGGAUGCUAAUCUCGGUGUUUCCUUAAGACGAGAUUGCAAAGGGAAUAAUAAUGAGGAUGUGGAGGAGGGGAAGAAGAUUAGUUUUGGGGCGAAAAUUGACAGUUAUUCGGUGUCAAAGAUAUGGCUGUGGCCCUCGGACAAGGCCAACUUCACAAGUUCUUUCGAAGAUGAUGAUCAUAACCCGAGAUCCGAUCUUCCUCGUUAUAGGGCAGGUACAUGAAGAAGACUAAAUUUUUCUUCCUCUUUUUAAGGCUAAUUCAUUAUUAUUAUUAUUAGUUAGUUGUGUUGUUGUAACAUUGAUUGUUUUGGAAUUUUGUCCAAAUCUUCAAAUUAUUCAUCUUUAAAGUAGUAUUAUGCAAUGACCAAUUUGAUGCCAUAUAUAUC